AACUCGUGUGGUAAUGUAAAUAAAUGUACUAGUAGUUGACAAGCACAUGGCUUGUGACAGGAGAAUAACAAGCACAAAAUUUUACUAGGAGGGUUCUAACGUCAUUCGCGCAUCCAUCGGUUAUAGGCGGAUCAACAACUUUGGUUUCGGCCUAGUUCAGGCUUUACAUUUCCAAUAUAGCUUUCUUCUUGUUGAUUUCUCUCGUAAACUGAUUUGAUUAUCUAUUGAACUUCUUGCUCUUUCAAAUGUGACUUUCUGCGAAAUAUGACGGGUUUUAUUACUUUAUUCAAUAUCAAGCUGAAUAGAUAUACGCAAGAGUAUAUUUUUGAUCUUAACUUACGCAAGAGGAUUUUUUUUGGGAUCAAUUUGUAAGAUCUUAUUAUCUUCCAGAGUAGUCAAUUGUGAAUGUAAAUAUUAUUCUUUUGUAUCCUUUUAGUUUUGCUUCGUAUUAUCAAUGUUUUUCACUAUUCUUUAAAACUUAUUAUGUGACUUUCCGUGCAUGACAUGGUGAGUUUUAUUUAUAAUACUAACAUUAAUUAUACUGGGUAAACAUACGUAAGAGAUUCUUUUGAUCAUAGCAUAACAUAUUAUAUCAAUGAGAGUAUUUGAAAUAUACUUCACUAUUCUUCCUCCCUCCUUCAGCUCCAGCUCUCUUUUCUCUCUCUCUAGACUGAGCACUGGCAGAGUUCUCAAGUCUUCUGCCCGCGAAGUUCCCCUGAGGUAGUGCAGUACCAUCUUCCGAACAUCAUGUGGUUCGGGCCUCCUCUAAGUACAAAUCUUGCGCCCAGUGCUACCCCUCCCAAUGUCAAAAGAUCUUCCUCAGUCAACUCUGUUGCUCUCUCAAACUUGGAUGAUUGUGAAAGCGAUGGUUCCAUUGUUCCACCACCUACAUCAGCUACCCUCCAAAGGUCGGUUAGUACUGCUUCCCUCCAAAGGUCUGGUAGUACUGCUUCCCUCCAAAGGUCAGGUAGUCUGCCAGAUAUUGCUGGAGCUGUACCCUUUAUUGAGAAAUUCCAGGUUGAGGGGUUUCUUAAGGCAAUGCAAAAACUGAAUAAAUCUUUCGGGAGACACAGUUUUUUUCCCAGCAUGUCCCUGGGCGCUCAAGUGCCGGAAAAAUUCACAAUUGAGGAUAUGUUGUGUUACCAAAAGGAUCCUAUACCAACUUCAGUCCUAAAGAUAAACAAUGACCUAGUAAAACUGGCAGUUAAACUAUUUAAGCAUAUUUUGAAGUACAUGGGCGUUGAUUCACCCGAUGAAGUAAGCUUAGACGAACGUAUUGAGCUUGUUGGGCAACUGUACAAGCAGGGUUUGAAGAAUUCUGAGCUGAGAGAUGAACUUUUUGCGCAAAUUUUAAAGCAGACAAGGAAUAAUCCUGACAAGCAAUAUUCAAUUAGAGCGUGGGAGUUAAUGUAUUUAUGUGCGUCAUGUAUGCCUCCUAGCACGGAUAUUGGCGGAUUUUUAACAGAAUAUGUUCGCAAUGAGGCAGAGGGUGCGAAUAGUGAUCCAGAUAUCCAAGUCCUUGCGUUGAGCACCUUGAAUACAUUGAAGAUUUCCUGUAAUGCUGGACCAAGGCAAAAAAUACCUGGCCGUGACGAGAUUAAAGCACUUUUGAUUGGUAAACAGUUGAACACUACAGUUUUUUUCUUGGAUGAAACUUUUGAAGAAAUUACAUAUGGGAUCUCGACGACUGUGGCUGAUGCUGUUGAGGAGCUUGCAGGGAUUAUUAAAUUGCAAGCAUAUUCAAGCUUCAGUCUAUUUGAGUGCCGGAAGGUUGUUGCCGGUUCUAAAUCACCAGAACCUGGAAAUGAUGAGUAUAUUGGGCUGGAUGACAAAAGUUACAUCGGGGAUCUUCUAGCUGACUUUAAGGCACCGAAAGACCCAAGUAAAGGAGACCUGAUGCUCCGCAAAUUGGUAUUUAGAAAGAAAUUUUUUCGGGAGUCAGAUGAAGCUAUUGGAGCCCCAGUUUUUGUAUAUUUAUCUUAUGUUCAAUUGCAAUAUGAUUAUAUACUGGGAAAUUAUCCUGUUGGAAGGGAGGAUGCGGCACAGCUGGCUGCAUUGCAAAUUUUGGUUGAAAAUGGUUAUGUUGUGAGCCCUGAAUCAUCCGCUGAUUGGGCAUCACAGCUGGAUCACUUUCUACCAAAGCAUAUUGCAGUAAAUCGACCAAUUCGGGAAUGGGUGUCUGAUAUUUUAUUUCGGUACCGUUCAAUGGAAAAUCUUACAAAAAACGAAGCAAGACAACAAUUUCUCCGGAUCUUGAGAGCACUUCCAUAUGGGCAUUCAAUUUUCUUUACCGUUCGCAAGAGCGAAGAUCCCCUCGGACUCUUGCCUGGGAAGUUUACUUUGGCCAUCAAUAACCGUGGGGUUCAUUUUUUCCGCCCCAUUCCCAUAGAGUAUUUGCAUUCUGCUGAGUUAAGGGAGAUCAUGCAAUUCGGAAGCAGUAAUACAGCUGUAUUUUUCAAAAUGCGAGUUGCGAAUGUGUUGCAAGUCUUUCAGUUUGAAACUAAGCAGGGAGAGGAAAUCUGUGCCUCUCUUAAAACCCACAUAAAUGAUGUCAUGCUACGUAGCAACUCAAUAGCAAAGUCUGCUGCUAGUGUGUCAACAAAUGGAGAUAUUUCUGAUAAGUUUAGGCCUUCCAACGGUGAGGCUUAUGAGAAACGCAUCGAGGAUUUGUCCAGAGCUCUCGAAGAAUCACAAAGGGCUGCAAAUCAAUUGUUGGAAGAGCAACGUGAGAAACAAAAGCAAGAAGCGAAACUGCAAGAAGAAUUGGAAAGCCUGAAAGGUGUUUUGAGAUCCGAGGAGGAAAACUUAAUGGAAGUUACUAGUGAUCGCGACAAACUCAGAUCUUUGUGUGAUCAAAAAGAUUCGGCACUGCAGGCUGCUUUAUCUGAGAAACGGAACAUGGAAGAGAAGUUGACAACGCGUAGUACUAGGGUGUUUGAGAGUAACGCCAGCAAGGAGCUAGUUGAAGUAAAUAAAAAGUUAUUGGAAGAACGACGUGAGACACAAAAGCGAGAAGCGAAACUUGAAGAAGAAUUGGAGGGCUUGAAAGCCAUUUUGAGAUCCGAGAAGCAAAACUUAAUGGAAGUUACUAGUGAUCGCGACAAACUCAGAUCUUUGUGUGAUCGUAAAGAUUCGGCACUUCAGGCUGCUUUAUCGGAGAAACAGAGCAUGGAAGCGAGGUUGGCAACGCGUGGUAGUAAUACAGUGUUUGAGAGUGCUGCCAAAAAGGAGCUAAUUGAAGAAAAUAACAAGGUUUUACAAAAGAUCCAAGAUGAAUUGAACAUGUGCAAGUCAGAGUUGCGUGCAUCAGAAGAAACUAGAAGAAGACUGGUUAAUGAAAAAAAAAUGUUGGAAGAAAGAAUUGUCAGCCUUGAAAGGCAGAAAGCUGAGGAGGUGGAAAUUCUUCAGGAAAGCUUUGAACAAGAUAGCAAGGCCACUAACCUUCAAGUUUCUGAACUUAUAACAAAGCUGGAAGAGGUUACACAAGCUUUGGCUAUGACACAAUCGAGUCUUGCGACCAAAGAGAAAGAACUUUCCUCUUUGAAAAAUGAUUACAAGGAACUUGAGGAACUCAGAGAAAUGAAAAAGGACAUUGAUCGAAAGAAUGAGUCAACUUCAGCGCUCUUGAUGAUGCAAGGUGCACAAUUAGCUGAAUUAGAAACACUCUAUAGGGAAGAACAAGUCCUCAGGAAACAAUAUUUCAAUACAAUAGAAGACAUGAAAGGCAAAAUUAGAGUCUUUUGUCGAUUAAGGCCUCUUUCUGACAAGGAGAUUGCUCAAAAAGAAAGAAACGUGCUUCAAACUAUAGAUGAGUUCACUGUUGAGCAUCAGUGGAAAGAUGAUAUAAAACAACAUUUGUAUGAUCGUGUUUUUGAUGGCAUUGCCUCCCAAGAAGAUGUAUUCGAUGAUGCAAGGUAUUUGGUGCAAUCUGCAGUAGAUGGCUAUAAUGUGUGUGUGUUUGCAUACGGCCAAACUGGUUCUGGAAAGACAUUUACAAUUUAUGGCUUGGAGGAUAAUCCCGGGCUUACGCCACGAGCUGCAUCUGAACUUUUUAGAAUUCUGAAGCGGGAUAGUAAAAAUGUUCAAUUCUCUCUAAAGGUAUAUAUGGUGGAGCUAUAUCAAGAUGUACUAGUCGAUCUUUUAUUACCGAAGAGUUCAAAGCGUUUAAAAUUAGAUAUCAAAAAAGAUUCAAAGGGCAUGGUAUCUAUUGAUAAUGUGACAGUAGUAUCAAUUUCAACACUCGACGAAUUGAAUAGUAUCAUCCGGAGAGGAUCUGAACAACGACAUACAAGUGGGACUUCGACGAACGAGCAUAGUUCAAGAUCCCAUGUAAUACUUUCCAUUGUCGUUGAGAGUACCAACCUUCAAACUCAAUCCGUGGCUAGAGGAAAGCUAAGUUUUGUGGACCUUGCCGGUUCUGAGAGAACGAAAAAGUCUGGCUCUCAUGGUGUUCAACUCAAGGAAGCUCAAAGCAUUAAUAAAUCACUUUCGGCUCUUGGCGAUGUCAUCAGUGCUUUAUUUUCUGGCAAUCAACACAUACCUUACAGGAAUCACAAGUUGACAAUGUUGAUGAGUGAUUCACUUGGUGGUAACGCUAAAACGCUGAUGUUCGUGAACAUAUCCCCGGCUGAGUCGAACUUAGAUGAGUCAAACAAUUCUCUAACGUACGCAUCAAGAGUUCGGGCAGUCGUCAAUGAUCCAAAAAAGAAUGUUUCAUCGAAGGAAGUACUUCGUUUGAAAAAGUUGUUGGCAUAUUGGAAGGAGAAGGCGGGUAGGAAGGGAGACGAUGAAGAUCUAGAAGAGAUCAAAGAAGACCGGCUAACAGAAGAGUAAGGCCAAUGGACGUUACCAUGUGGAAUACAUACAUCUAUACAUAAACAUUUGUUGAAGUUGGUAAAUUCUUGUUGAUGGAUUCUCUCACGUAUAAGGAGCGAUACAACAACAAACAUGUCGAAAAUGUUGUACCGUGUUUUUUUUUUUUCUCUCUCCGGAUAAUUGUUUUUCUUUUCAGAGGCCCGAGGAUGGAGUGCUAGAUGAGGGUAGGAGAAUGUUUCACAGGAGUACUGCUGGUUGUUUGUAAUAAUACGUAUUGAUUCUUAUGUAUCUAAUAUUUUGUCUUAGAAGGCACAAAAGCAUUUUCUUUCA